AUGUCAUUAGUUGUCAGCGAAGAAGGUUCAUUCCAACACAUUUUACGUUUAUUGAACACCAACAUUGAUGGUAGAAUCAAGAUCAUGUACGCUUUGACUAAGAUCAGAGGUGUCGGUCGUCGUUACUCCAACUUGGUCUGUAAGAAGGCUGAUGUUGACUUAAAGAAGCGUGCCGGUGAAUUAACCCAAGAAGAAUUGGAAAGAAUUGUCACCAUCAUGCAAAACCCAACCAACUAUAAGAUCCCAGCUUGGUUCUUAAACAGACAAAAGGACCAAGUUGACGGUAAGGACUACCAUGUCUUAGCUAACAACUUAGAAUCCAAAUUAAGAGAUGAUUUAGAAAGAUUAAAGAAGAUCAGAGCUCACCGUGGUAUCAGACACUUCUGGGGUUUAAAGGUCAGAGGUCAACACACCAAAACCACUUCUCGUGGUCGUUAA